AUGGGUCGCGAACGACAGAAAAAGAAGAACAGGUCUUCCAUCCCAAAAGCAAGGCCAAAGGAUGGAAGGACAAAAGCCGGUAAGAAGAGGGUGAAUUUUCUGGGGAAUGAGACCAUUGCAAAGAAUUGGGAUCGAAAACUUACCUUAUCGCAAAACUAUAAGCGACUGGGCCUGUCUUCCAGACUGAGUGCUGUGACAGGCGGGACCGAAAAGAAAGCAGCCAAGGACAAAACCGACUCAGAAGAGGUGAAAAGAGACUCGCUUGCCAUCGCCGGACCGCUGGCCGUCAACUUGACCCCUCAAGAAGUCCAAGUUGAGAGAGACCCGGAGACAGGUCGUAUACUCAGGAUCAUCCGACCAGAGACAGCGAAUGACAAUCCGCUGAACGACCCUUUAAACGACAUUAUGGACGUGGAACAUGAAAAACCGAGGCCACAGCCUGCAAGUGGCAUCGUCGCAGAGCUGGAAGCGCAGGCGGCAGAGGAGUCGGAGUUGCUGGCAAAGAAGAAACGGCCACGACAACAGAGCCAUCGGGAAGAAGAAUGGAUCGCCAAACUAGUGGAGAAGCAUGGCGACGAUAUUAAAGCCAUGGUCAGAGACCGAAAGCUCAAUCCGAUGCAACAGAGCGAAGGCGACCUUGCUCGCAGAAUCAAGAAGUGGAAGGCAAACCACGGAGACGUCAUGACAUGA